UUCUCCUACCGUCCCAUCUACAGAGAACCUCUAUAGAAUUUCUUUUCUUUCUUUUUGUUUUAUGCAGCACACCUCCUCUCUCUCUCUCUCUCUAUAGAAUUUAUAACGGAAGGUUGUGUUGUUCAAAGCCAUAAUUUCUUAACUCUGUUAAAAUUUUUCUCAAGCUGGAUUGAGUUGACUGUUGGCUUAUUAGAGAUUUGAGAGAGAGAGAGAGAGAGAGAGAGAGAGAGAGAGAAUGGGGAGGCAACCAUGUUGUGAAAAGGUGGGACUGAAGAAGGGACCAUGGACAGCUGAGGAGGACAAGAAGCUCAUCAACUUCAUCCUCAAUAAUGGCCAAUGCUGCUGGAGAGCUGUCCCCAAGCUUGCAGGGCUACUGAGGUGCGGUAAGAGCUGUAGGCUUAGAUGGACAAAUUAUCUCAGGCCUGAUUUAAAGAGGGGAUUGCUGUCAGACUCGGAGGAAAAAAUGGUCAUUGACCUCCACUCUCAACUAGGCAACAGAUGGUCUAAAAUUGCAGCUCACCUCCCAGGGAGAACUGACAAUGAGAUCAAGAAUCACUGGAACACUCACAUCAAGAAAAAACUCAAGAAAAUGGGAAUUGAUCCUCUCACUCACAAUCCCAUCUCUUCGAAUUCAGCAAAAACCCAAGCAGAAGUAAAACAAGAACAAGAAGAAGAACAGAGCAAAUCCCGUGCAUUUUGCAUUGAUGAUGUGCCCAUGAUCCUUCCUCAUGAGAUAUUGGUCCCUAAUCAUUCGACCUCAUCGCCAUCAAUCUCAAGCACUUCUUCUUCUUCCUCCAGUGAUCCUUUAUUGAAGGUCCCAACCAUGGAGUGGCAAGAGUCUAUGACUUUGUGGGGGCUUGAUGAUUUAAUGGGGUGGGAUUCUACCUUUUGUUGUGAUGAUGUUGAUGGGAAAUUGGCAUUUGAUCAGGAGCCGUGGAAAUUUGAGCUCUUUUGAUUUGCCAAAAAAAAAAAAAAAAAAA